AUGUCGUCCAAAGGCAUUGGUAAGAGGUUUGGCUUUAAGAGGUCAAACACCAACCAAGAUGAGCCUAUCACGGUCAAUGAGAUCUCCAGACUCGACAGCCAGACCAAGAAGAUUGGCGAGAGCAGCACGCUCGGCCCCGAACAUGGAGUUGUAGAAGAGGUUGUUGUUGGUGAUGUUCGCGACAUCACCGAAGUUGAGGCCAACCAUGCCCUCAAGUCCUUCAAGAGGGAUCACAUGUGGGACCCUAAUAUGGUGCGUACUAGAAGUUCUAGUGUGAGGAUCAAGCAUACUAAUACGUACGCAGNNUCGGACGAGGCUAUCGAGAUGGUUGACGCUGUCACCGGUGCUCACGACGCCAAGGGAGAGGCACAAUUGGUUGGCGCCAUGAUCGAGAACUCACCGUAUCCUGAAGUCCGCGCUGUCGUAAGAAACUAUGACGAGGAUGUGCCCGCAAGCACUAUCAGAGCAUGGACUAUCGGUCUCAUCAUGACCACUAUCUGUUCAUCGCUCAACGCUCUGUUCCUGCUGCGCUACCCAAACAUUUCGAUUGGUCCUUACGUCGUGCAACUUAUCUCCUACCCCAUUGGUCUUGGCUGGGCGAAAGUCAUGCCUAACAAGCAAGUCUNNCUUUUCGGAUUGAAGGCCAACCUCAAUCCUGGACCCUUCAAUGUGAAGGAACAUGUCAUCAUCGUCGCCAUGGCCAACGCAGCUUUCGGUGGUGGUGCUGGUUACUUCGUCGAAUCCGUUGUCUCUCUGAAGAAGUUCUACCACUUCGAUACUAGCCAAUUCGGCUGGGGAUUCAACACUCUGUUCGCCCUGUCUACUCAGUGUCUUGGCUUUGGUCUCGCUGGCUCUGUCCGCAAGUUCCUUGUCGAACCCGCCGCCAUGAUCUGGCCUGGUGCUUUGGUCAACGUUGGUUUCAUGUACGCCUUGCACGAUCACAGCAAGGCUGAUCCCGCAAGCACCAAUGGCUGGUCAAUGAGUCGUUACAAGUGGUUCAUGAUCUGUAUGGUUGGCAUGUUCGUCUGGUCUUGGUUCCCUGAUUUCAUUAUCCCUGCUUUCAGCUACUUCGCAUGGGUCACUUGGAUUAAGCCUCAGAAUGUCGUUGUCAACCAGCUCUUCGGUCAGCAGACUGGUGUCUCUUUGGGCUUCCCCUUUACUGGAUUCACCCUCGAUUGGGCUCAGAUCAACUCUUUCUACGGCAGCCCUCUACUUUCCCCAUGGCACGCUCUUGCCAAUACCGGAGUCGGAAUCGUCUUCUUCGGCUGGCUUGUCGUCCCUGCCCUGCAUUACAGUGGCGUCUGUAAUACUUAUAAUACUUCGAGGAUCCUCACGCCAGAGCAUGUUGUUGACCCUGCCAAGUACGAGGAAUACUCGCCUCUGAUGCUCUCGACCGCUUUCGCGCUUACCUACGGCAUGAGCUUUGCCUCCAUUGCCGCACUUGUCAGUCACACUUACUUGUUCCAUGGUGCUGAAAUUUGGCGUCGUCUGAGGUCCUCCAAGGGCGAGCUCGAUGAUGUGCACAUGAAGAUCAUGCGCAAGUACAAACUCGUGCCCACCUGGUGGUACCUUGCUCUUCUGGCUGUCAUGACCGCAUUCGCCUUCGUCUCCGCACUUGCAUACCCGACUGGUAUGGCUUGGUACUCCGUCAUUCUUUCACUGGUCAUUGCGACCGUGUUCACCAUUCCCAUCGGUAUCAUUCAGGCUUUCACUAACAUUCAGCUGGGUCUCAAUGUAUUCACCGAGUUUAUCAUCGGUUACGUCCAGCCUGGGCACCCUAUCGCCAUGAUGAUGUUCAAGACUUUUGGAUACAUCGUCAUGACCCAGGCGCUUUACUUCUGCCAAGAUUUGAAGCUCGGUCACUACAUGCAUGUUCCCCAGCGAUCUUUGUUCACUGCUCAACUCGUUGCCACUGUCUGGUCUUGUCUUUGCCAGCUGGCCACAGUCGAGUGGGCCAUGGGCGCCAUCAAGAAUGUCUGUACCAGUGCAGCACAAGGGUCCUUCACUUGUGCUUCGAUCAAGACCUUCUACAACGCCAGUGUCAUUUGGGGUGCUAUCGGUCCUAAGCAUCUCUUCUCCUCCGGCGCCGUGUAUGAAGGUCUCCAGUACUUCUGGCUGGCCGGCUUCAUCUCGCCCUUCAUUGUCUAUGGACUCGCUCGUGUAUUCCCCAAGAUGUCUUUGAUCCGCAAAAUCAGCAUGCCCAUUAUUUUCGCUUGUUUCAGUUACGUUCCCCCUUACUCGGCCAUGAACAUUGUAAGUUUUCACCCUGCUCUCGCCAAGGAAAAACAUCACGCUAACUCAUUUCAAAGCNUCUCUUGGGUCUUGGUCGGCUGGGCUUUCAACAAGUACAUCCGUAACAAGUACCGUGGAUGGUGGAUGGAGUACAAUUACAUCACCUCUGCCGCUUGGGACGUUGGUCUUGCGCUCUGCGCCAUUGUCAUCUUCUUCUGUGUGCAACUUCCCGGUUCGGGCAUGCCCGACUACUGGGGAACUACCAUUAUCAGCACAACCCUUGAUGGUGCUGGUGGUAACGUCAGAAAGACGGUUGCCGAUGGCGAGUACUUCGGUCCCAGAACCUGGAAGUGGUAA